UAUAUUUCCAACCACACAUAUACUACAACAUGGAGGUCAUUCGCAGCUCCCCUGAAGCCUCGUCAUUCGUGCCGCUGGCCGAACACCAGUCGCGCACCCCAAGCUCCUUCUACUCCGGACCCCCGGUAUUGUACCACCACAGCCAGCGCUGCAAGAUUGUCAUCCUUGAGCGCGAGCUACUCGCCACCCCAGCGCUGAAUGCGCUGCGCGGUCAGGACGCUGUGAACAAUAGCGCUGCAAGCCAGGACCAGCAGGACGGCGACGAGAAGGAGCUCGCAAUCUCAGGCGUUGAUACCUGGGUGACAUCCGACAAGUUAUUUUUCUUCUCCCCCACCGCCUCAACAGGCGUGUCAAUCCCCUACCCCUCGAUCUCACUACACGCACUCCAACGGCUACGCGUCCCAGACAUUGACGCGGAAGUCCAGGGUCUGUAUAUGCAGGUCGCGACGCCUGGUGCGCCCUCUGCCGACGACGAAGAGGAAUGCAUCACAAUGACAGUGGUGCUGCCCGCCGACGCCACGCUACAAGAGCCCGUGGAGACGGAGACGGAGACACCCACGCAGCAGCUUUACAACGCUGUCUCGGCUUGCUCCAAUUUACACCCUGACCCUGUUGAGCAGGGUGAUGAGGAUGACGAGGAGGAUGGGCCUAAGUUCAUUUCGGCUGAAGAGCACGAUGGAGUCUUCCAGCUUGGAAGUGGUGAUCUGCCCCCGCCUGUUGAUGGGAGCUCUGGGUGGAUCACUGCGGAGAAUAUGGAUCAGUUCUUUGAUGCGGAGGGGAAUUGGAUUGCUGCUGGUGAGCCGCCUUCUUUCCCUCUUGGGCCUGGGGCUGGAACUGUUAGGGCUCGAGAGGGGGAGAAUGGAGCCGAAGAGAAUGGAGACGAGGACGAGACGAAGUGGCGGAAGACGGAUUGAUUUGGAUCAAGCUGCUUUGAAGGAAAAUAUGAAAUACACGGUGUAGGGUUGGCGUUCAAAAUACUUG